AUGUUUCAAUCAUACCCCACAGAGCAAAAAUGCCUUAGAAGGAGUAGAUCAUUCUCACACGUCAUAAAUAGUCUUUUUCAUGAUUCUUUGUUCUACUUUUUCGUUCUUCCACUUACAUCCUGUUCAUCAAGCUCUGACCCAUUGCGCCAUACAAUGGAUAAUAUGAAACUUUGCAUUUCUGUGCUCCUCCAACAACAUGUUAGCCCCACGCUUGCUUCUUCCGUGAUUCGUAGAUUACCUUGUUAUCCCUCUUCAAGUGUUGUCAACCUCAACACCUACUCAGCUUCAGGAAUGUCUUGCUCGAUGUUACGUAGUCGCCGCUCUGUCUCGUGUGAUCGGAGGUAG